AUGGCUUAUUGGAUAAGUAACAAAGUAAACAAAAUUCGGGAGAACUUGCCCCAUAGACACCCUAAACUGCCAGAUUUUCAUUUAGCAGAUGAAAGGAUUUUUCAUUUAAUUCUAUUUUCUGGGGCUUGUAAUAAAAAUUAUAAUCCAAUCGGAAUUGGAGAAAAAAUAGCUCCAGACAUUGCAGAGAGAGAAUCUUGUACAACGGCAAAUCCAUAUCCUGAUUUCCCCCGCGUUGCUAAUAUUCAAAAAAUUGACUUAUGGAACACAAAAUGCGAAACGUGGAUGUGUGAGGAAUAUGUUAGCUGUGUAUUUGGAGUUAAAAUUUAUCCUAAAAUAAAUAUCAAAAGAAUUGUUCAUCAGCCAAUAAUA